GAAUAGCCUGAAGAUAAGGGACGGCAGUUCCUCUUGCUGCUCCGUAUGCAAGCACCAUGAUCUUGUAGUGGAUGCGAGCUUCGACUGGAAGCUAGUGGAGUUUGCGGAGGAUCGGGGUGACAUGGGAGAACUUGGAAAGGUUGAAAACGAGGUCCACGUCAGCUCCUGUCAUUCUCUCUAAGCAUUUGAGAAGGGUGGAAAGGCAGGUCUGAUCACCAUGCAAGCAAACAUAAUAGUCCACCAACAGGUGGCAGCACCUGCUAUUAAGGGCUGGAACACUGGCCUUUUUGACUGCUGUCAAGACAUGAAUUCCUGUUGUUAUGGUUUCUGGUGCUGUCCUUGCUUAGCCUGCUCCACCACGGGAGAGUUUGGAGAGUGUACCUGUCUGCCAUUAGUGGACAUCAUUGGCCCUGCUUGCAUGGUUGGCUUUGGGGUGCCCAUCAUUGUGCCACCCGCAAGUCUAUCCAUGCGGGUUGCUGUACGCCACAAAUAUGGCAUUCAGCAAAGCCUCUGUGAGGAUAUCAUGGUGUCCUGCUGCUGUGUCUGGUGCUCAUGGUGUCAGAUGGCCAGGGAGAUCAAAGACCACAAGAAGGGCUGCACUUUCAGAACCACCCAGCCUGUGGCCAUCCAAGUGCAGCCUCCAGCCAUGACCAGCCCACAGUCCCCCAACCAACAGGGCUACAUCAUGACCGGCCCACAGUCCCCCAACCAACAGAGCUACGUCAUGGUUGAGAUGCACCCUGGUAUGAUGGCAGGGCCCCCUGGCAUUGCCGGAGGGGCUCAAAUUAAGAUGGCAACUGACCAACAUGCCAUUGCAGGCCAUUCACAAAUGACAACUUCUAAUCAACCUGCCUAUAACCCUGCUGUUAUGAUGCCCCCUGACAUGUAUAACCAUAUGGUGAACACCACUGUCUCCACCCAACCAUCCAAAUGCUGAGCUCUGCUGCUUCAUCUAAUCACUUUCUGAUAGCUGACCUUGCUGUAAUGUUCACAGACAAUGAAUUGAUUAGAUUGAUGAAAAUCUGUUUUUAUAUGAGGUCUAUUUGACAGUAAUGUCCACUGCUCAUUGUCUUGACAUGCAAUAAAGUCAUUUAUAUUGUG